AUGAACCUUCUGCCCGAGAUUUCGAAAGUCCUAUUCAAAUUCCGACAGUACAAAUUCGUCUUCACGGCAGACAUCGAAAAAGCGUUCCUGCAAUUCAGAAUUGCCGAGAGCGACAAAACCUUCCUGCGUUUCUUAUUGUGCAACAACGGUUCAGCCAAGAUCAAAGAAUUCUGGGCUACCCGCCUGGACUUCGGGCUCAUCUGCUCACCGUUUCUGCAUUGUCAGGGAAUCAGACUCCGCUUGGAAUCAGCAAUGGAGAAAUAUCCGCGAGACACCUCCUUCAUCGAAGAGAUCCGCGGCACGUUCUAUGUGGACGAUGUCAUCGGAGGAGGGACUCCAUCUGCGAGGCAAAACAUCGAGUUCGCCUCCUCUCAAAUAUCUUCACGGAAGGCGUACCCUGGAUAUCAAGUUUCGGACAGCCUGUCAGCGCCGAUUUCGAAAGCAAUCAAAGAACUCACUACGGGGACGCCGACAAAGCGGAAAUUGCUCAGAGCAUUAGCCCAAGUUUUCGAUCCUUUGGGCAUCAUCAGCCCAAUCGUCAUCAACUCAAAAAUUAUCUUCCAAGAUCUAUGGAAAGAAAAGAUCGGAUGGGACGAUCCCCUACAAGGCGACUACCUGAACCGAUUUCACGCAUUCGAAAAACUCCUCAGUCAGGCUGGACAAUUGAGCAUCGCCCGCCUUCACGCAUACGGGAUGGUAGCCUACCUCAAAACACAUCGACCCGCGAACACCCCACAAAUUUCAUUCCUCCUCGCGAAAUUUAAAGUUGCCCCAAUCAAAGCUACGACCAUCCAUCGGUUGGAACUUCUAGGAGCCCUCUUGGCAGCCAGGAUGACGAAGAAAACGUUCGAGUGGAUAGAUUUCAGAAUCGACGCAUGGCUAAGUUUGGAUGACACUGAUUUGGAAGCACAUCUGAAACUCGAGCGCGCGCCUCUCGGACGUGCGCCGCUCGACAGUUAUUCCGAAAUUCAAUACGAGCAAAAGAAAAGCGUAACUGCAUUGCUCGUCGCACAUUCGAAAAGCACGAAAGACGAUCCGAAAAUAUUCUUCGAGGACAGCUUCUCGUGUUGGCUCAAGGCGAUACGCUUUUGGGGAUUUAUGCUCCGACUCAAGGCAAAAGCCCAAGUGGCGAAGUCGAGAGUUCGAUCGAGAACAAAAUGCAGUGCCAGGCCGAAGACAGAACUGAACUUGAUUGAUCCAGACGAAAUGAACACAGCCAGGCUGGAACUAAUCAAACUCAUUCAGAAAUCUUAUUUCCCAGAGGAAAUCGAUUCGAACUGCGAGCGGGUCAGACCCAAAAGCCUACCCUUCCAAUAUAACCCAUUUAUAGAUGAAGAAGGAAUCUUACGUCCGAAAACCCGGCUACAACGCUCGCCUGAAUUUUCGGAAGCCCAGAAAAAUCCCAUCAUUUUACCCUCAAACUGCAACUUCUCGAAACUAAUUAUCCGUUAUAUCCACGAGAGGAAAUGCCUGCAUUUUGGCGGAGUCUCGGCGACCCUCCACAUUCUGAGGGAGGAUUUCCUGAUUUUGCAUGCGAGAAAACUCUCAAGACAAGUGAUUUCCGCAUGCAUGAUCUGCAAGAUUUUCCGCUGCCAGGCAGCAUCCCUGCCAACAGCCCAAUUACCAUCGUUCCGAUUGGAAACCACACCACCCUUCUUCUAUACAGGAUGCGAUUUCGCAGGUCCGAUCAAAUAUAAGGAAGAUUCAGGGGAAAAAGCCAAAGGCUAUAUCCUCCUAUUCACAUGCGCGGUGGCGAGAGCCGUGAACCUCCAAUUGACCGCGGAUAUGUCGACAGUCGAGGUAUUGGGAGCCUUGCAGAAGUUCGUCAAUCGCUACCCGUCGGUCAACACAAUCACCUCAGAUAAUGGGCUCUCAUUCCAGAGAGCAGCGAAAGAAUUAAAAACCCUAUACAGCCACAUCGUGAACGGAGACAUCAAAAAAUGGCUGGCCGAUUCUUUCCUCAAAUGGGAAUUCAUCACCCCACAUGCUCCGUGGUUCGGAGGCUUCUACGAGCGCCAAGUUCAAUCUGUCAAGAGACCUCUGAGGAAAGUCCUCGGAUCAGCGGUUCCACAUUUCCGCGAUCUCGAAGUUAUUCUGAGUAACAUCGAAGCGAUGAUUAACAGACGCCCGAUCACAGCCAUCGCCGCAGAGACCGAUCAGAUCGAAGCACUGAGUCCGGCGGAUUUGCUCUACGGGUACAAGAGCAAGACGUUCUUUCCCCAGCACGUCUUGAAACCACCGAGACCCAUCGAGGCUGAUAAAAUCAUAUUCUCCAGGAGAUGGGUCCAUCAACAGAAAAUUUUAAACUCGUUCUGGAAGAGAUUUCACAAUGAACAUCUCAGCUACCUCCGGAGCGCCCACAACCGGAAACCCUUGUCGGCCAGGCCGUUGAAAGUCGGAGACAUAUGUCUACUGGAGGACUCGAAUUCCAACAGGGCCCUCUGGCCUCUCUGCAGGGUCAUAGCACUCGAGGGUAACGCGAAACCAGAGGAAGCGAGAUCCUGCACGAUCAAGACAGCGACCGGUCAAGUUUUCGACCGACCGAUAAGAAAGCUCUACCCAAUAGAGGCGACCGAGUCCCACUGA